UAAAAAUGGCGGGAGUAGGAUAUAAAAAAAGCGUCCUCAACACUUUACCCAUUUUGAAUAAAUUGAGAACUUCAAAGCUACUCUACUAAAAAUUAGGGCUAAAUUCUCAAACGCUGUUACGCAAAUUAUAUCCCAAUUUCUGGAAAAAUAUGCUAAGAGGAAGAGAAAGUUUAAGAAGAAUCAUCGGAAAACGAAGAAGAUUUCUUCCCAACCUCUCUCGUAUCAUCUCCGCCUCAUCUUCUCCAACAUUGUCGACUUCUCUCGAAGAUGGAAAUCACAAAUUAUCAAUCGAGGAUUCUGCAAUUCCAAUGGCGGAAUCCAAGUUAGUCGACGACAAUUCGGAAGUUGUUAUUUCUGAGAAUAAUUUCGUUAUUUGUCCUGUUUGUAGUAAUCAGAUUCGCGGUGAUGAUCACUCAGUUAAUUCACAUAUUGAUUUGUGUCUUGUCAGAGGGACCAAGCGCAAGCUGAGUCAACGAACUCUUCUUCAGUUCAGCUUUUGUUCGAAACCUAAACUUAAUAAGUGCGCAACUGAGGGAGUUCAUGCAGACACUACUGUAAUUCACGAUAGUGAACCUAUGCAGAAUAAUUGUCUACAGCUGUCCAACAUUAGCACUAAUGAUGUAACUUCUGCUAAAAGUCAAUGUGAAAUGACUAGACCUCCUGAUGGAGCCUCAUUGAAAUCAUCGUUAGGUUUAGAUACAACCACACAACCUGAAGACAAUCUUAUGGAGAAGAAUCGUAUUGAUGAUAAUGUAAAUGAGUUGGUUGAUGCUUCCUCAGGGCCCUUUGGAUGUGAGGCCCCAAACUAUGAUGUGGAAGGAAUUCUCAGAGAGUUAUCUUCGAUGGCUCUUGAGACUUACAUUGUGGGUCGUAGGUAUGUUAAUGCAGCAGAAGUUGUUUCUGGAGCUAGCAUCAGUUUUCUCAGAGACCCUACCAACAUUAAAGAUCCCAAUGCCGUCAAGGCUGUUUCUCCAGAUUCUGGCAAUGGAAGAGUCCUCGGCUUUCUUCCUCGACAAUUGGCUCAGCAUCUGUCCCCUUUGAUUGACAAAUAUAAGCUAAUUUUUGAGGGAGUCAUCAUUUCAGUCCCGGAAAAUCCCGUGGAUAUUGUACCCAUCAAGAUGAUGUGCCUUAAAUCACCAUCCUGUAAUGAAGUGGCGAAGGAUGACAUUCCUAUGUUGAAGUCUCUAUGCUUGAAUAUCUUACAUUUGAUUAAGUCUGGUAAGAAUUGUCCACCAACCCCCAUAAAGUACCAGCAGAAUUUCCGAGUUGUAAUUGAAGAGGCUUUAACGAGCAACACUGAUCUUUUCACGGAUGCUGAGAAGUUUUUCUUAGAAUCAUUCAACUCAAUGUCAGAUGACAGCCAAAGGCUCUUUGUUCGACUCUACACAAGAAAAGGACCAUGGUUUCGCAUAUCUAGUUUUUCAUAUCCUGAAAUACUGGAUUACAAACAAGCAGUUAGUGAGCUCUCGGAAGCGUCUUAUAUCUGUUCUUUUGGCUAUAAGAGUGAGGUAAAUGACAACGAUCUGGAAGAAAUUCUUAACAUGCUUACAGUGAGUGAGCUGUGCGAGAUCUUGCAAACACUUAAGGAUUCCAAACGUGGCUUGAGGAAGAAGGAACUCAUUGCAUCACUCUAUUCUUCAUAUAAAGAUGGACUUUGCCGACUCCUGCCAAGUCUAGUUCUUGACAGAACAGCAACAUGUGUUCGAAUUUCACCAUUUGCCGAAUCUCUUUUGUGGCGUGUUCAGAGAUUAUUCUUCCUCGAUGGAGAGCAGGACUUGUCUGCUUUCCUUCUAGCUGACUUGCAAAUACUUAAGUAUCCAGAGUACAAAUGUACGAUUACCCAACCAAUAUUCUCUGCCAGAAGUGACUUGCUUGCUUAUGAAGAGGCAAUUGAAGUUGCGCAAAUUAUGGACCAAUCCCUGGAUGAAGGCAACUCAAAAAUGGUGCUACAGUGUAUAGAGAGAGCCAAAUCUCAAUUGUCAAGCUAUGUUGAACUGAAAAAACAAUCAGUGCCUUUGGAGUCAGAGGCUCCGUUUCUUCAGUGCUUUUCAGCAGCUUGGGUUAAUUCUAAAGUAGUCUUACUUGGUGUUUCCUUCCAUGAACAGGAACGUAGAAUACGGUUAGCUUUUGAACUUGUAGCUGAAAUACACUUUAUUUAUAGAUACCAGGAUGCAAUAAAAUUAUUGAAGCUGUUGCUGAAUACUUUUACUUCUGAUGGAAGAAGAGGGUACUGGACGUUAAGAUUGUCAGUUGAUUUAGAGCACGUUGGCUAUAUUGAAGAUAGUCUCUCUGUUGCAGAAGAUGGAGUAUUAGACCCCUGGGUCCGUGCUGGUUCAAGAAUGGCAUUGCGAAGGCGGGUCAUACGCUUGGGUAAGCCACCAAGGCGUUGGAAAUCCCCUAGUUUUGCUGCUUCUGUCAAAAUGAAGAUUAAAGAGGUUCAUAUACAAGGGAGACCAUUAAAUGGCAAAGUAGGGAUGAAGAGCAGAUUUUAUGGCCAAGAUGAUGAGCAAUGUGGAGUAGAAGAGCUUGCUCUACAAUUCUAUGCAGGAGAAGGGGGUGGUUGGCAGGGUGUUCAUUCAGAAAGUGGCAUAUGGCUAACCAUCUAUGGUCUUCUUAUGUGGGAUAGUAUAUUUUUAGAUAUACCAAAUACCUUCCGCACCAGAUUUCAGAAUGCACCUUUGGACAUGGACAGUGAUUAUUUCUAUGUUGCCAGAAAGAGUAUUAUCGAACCUCACUUGCAGAAGAUCCAUGAUGGUAUGGCUGAGGCUAUCCUCAUAAUGUCGUGGGAGUUACAUUUGGGAACUCUUUGCAGGGGUGUUAAUUGGGAAAGACAUUCUCUUUCUGAGCUUCGUGCUGCUGUUACAUGCAUUGGUGGGCCUUGCCUAGCAAAUCUUUGCCGGCUUUUGGCUCAGGAUUACAGGAGUUGGUCUAGUGGCAUGCCUGAUCUGCUGUUAUGGCGCUUUCAUGGAGACUACAGUGGUGAAGCGAAACUUGUUGAAGUCAAAGGCCCUAAAGAUCGACUCUCUGAACAGCAGCGAGCAUGGUUGCUUACUUUGAUGGAUUGUGGUUUCACUGCCGAGGUUUGCAAAGUAAACCCUCCAGCAGUUACAUGAUAGUUGCUGUAACUGGGUUUUGUGAUCAAACAAAUGGACGCCUUUGCGCUUUGUUGCAAGUUGCAACUUCUGAUUCUGCCAAUUCUAAGCAGAAUAUUUAUAUUUGAUCCUGGGCAACACUUCACGUCAUAUCAUACCUGUAUUAUUAAUCCACAUUCUUGACGAUGUUACAUUGCCAUUUUUUACCCAAUCAGUAAAACUUUUUGGCAUGGUAAGGAAUUUUGUAAAUAUAUUGUAGAAAUUAGCUCAGUUGCAAUUUUGCACACAUGUUAUAUAUGCUUGAUGGUACCACCUAUUAGUGCUUGUAUUAGGUGUGAUUUACCCGAAAAAUUGUAAUAUUAGAUGUUUCACCAGUGACUUGAGUUAUCUCAGGAGUCCACUCAUGGUACACCCGGGUGUACCAUGCUCAUGGUACACCCAGGUAUUUUCGUAAUUAAUUGGAACUCUAAGGACACGCUGGUAAUUUCAAGUACUCUCUCUCCUCAACCUCCUCCUCUUCCGCGUGCUUCACUGCCAUUUUUUCCAGCUUUGUUGCUGUUCAUUUCCGUUAAUAAGGAGUCGUCUUCUUCUGGCGAAAACGAUGGCGGUUUCUUUCUCGCUCUUCUUUCUCGUCGGAAUCACGAAAUCAAAACUUCCACAUCUGAAAUUUCGAAACAAAACUUCAAUUUCCAGAUCUGAAGUUUGCGAAAGAUCAAUAAAAAGGCCGAUACGCUCGCCGGAGAGGUUUCCAGAUCUGUCUUUCAUGGCUGCCGGAGUGAUAUGCACUUUUGCAAUCAACCAAUGGAGAAAAUUUGAGAGCAAAAGAGUUGAACAAAAUGGGAAUGAAUUGCUUGAUUCGCUGUCAAUUUCAGUUCAGAAAUAACUCAAAUGAAUUUGUCUUUAAGUUGAUUGUUGUAAUUUUAUUUGUUUUUGUCAAGACUCAAGAGAUUGAUAAUGGAGUUUUGUGUGUAUUAUGAAAUUUUAGGUGUUUCCAAAUGAUUCGAAAUUGUUUCACAAGUUGCAAGUUAUAGGAUUUGAUGAAUAUGAGAUUGUAAUUUUCUCUUUUUCUUCCUAUAUUGAUAAUUUGAUUUGCAUGUUAUUAGAA